CUCAAAUCUCUACAUUUUAUACAUACUUGGAUCCCUAUAAUCCAUCAAUGGUGCUCUCGUUGAGAGAUUAGAGCAAAAUCAAGUUAGAUUCCUCCCAGAAAAUCUCCAAAAAUUCAUCCAAAAUACCAGAAACAUUUCUGCCAAAACUGUUCUGGAAAAAUUCCAGAAAAAUCAGCCUGAAAAUAAGAAAAAAACAACAACAAAAAAGCGUCUCGGAUCUCUCGCCGGAGAUGUCCUCGCCGGAAAGAACUGAACCGCCGAGCACUGCCGACCCCAUCUGCCCUCUGCCGGUGCAUCUGCUGAGGUUUGGGACGUCGUACCCGGCCUCGUCGCCGUCGUUCCGAACCCAGCACCGUCGUCGCUCAAGUCCUGCUGGUUCCCGUCUAGAUCUGCGCCCACCUAUUUGUCCGCCGCGUGGUGGAGGUUGAUGCUCAACAAAUCACCUCCGGUAUCCUGUUGGUUGCCUUCGCCACUAGAGGAUCGGACCUGGGCCACUCCGUAGUCAUCUGACUCGGUCACUUGAGCUUAAGCUUAAGCUUGAGCUUAAGCUUAAGCUUAAUGGCGGCCAAAAGCUUCGGGAUUGACAGGACGCGAACAGGUGCGCCCAGAUGGAUACGGAACUCUCACGCCGGCCAGAAGCAUCGUUGUCCCCCAUCGACACCUGAGCGAGCAUAGCCGGCGCUGACGGAGUCCCGACGACAUCGCUUUCGAUCGUUGCACUCUGCCGCUGGGUCCGUCGCCGUCAUCUUCCCCACCCCAGUAGCUGUGGACAGCUCCCUUGGACGAUCCACAGUAGGAGUGUUUUACUUGGGUCUCAGCCGCAGGAUUAUCAAUGCGCUCCCUUGGACGAUAUACCGUGGACGGCUCCCUGGGAAAGCUUUUGCAGGUCAAAAUUCUAGGGGCUAGGUCAAAAUUGGUCAAAAGGUGUGGAGGGCCUCCCCAACUACCCGUAUUCGCCGGCAGACAAGGAAAGUUUUGAUGCAAGGAAAGGAAAAGCUAUGGAUCCACUUUCUAUAUGGAUAUGUUAUUUCAGCCCAAUAUUCUGGCCCAAAUAAAAAGCUAAGUGCCCAAUACUCCUAUUUAUACACUUAAAAUAUUUAUUAAAUGAUAGUAGUAUAAUUAUUACUAUUAUUAAUUAUAUUAUUUCCACCACCAUUAUGGCGGGUUAAAAACCCCCGAGGUGGUGAAGAUCAUUAUGAGGGAUUAAAAUUUACCGAGGUCGCUAGUGAUGUAUUAUUAUUGGCGUUAUUAUUUUUAUCACCGGCAUUAAACCGGGUCAAAAAUCCCCAAAGUGGUGGACCCGAGCUCUAGUCUACCGAACAUCUUUAUUUGAUGAUUCGGAUUAUAUUUAGGUCCAUCGACCUACCCUAGUCACCUUUAUUUGGUGACUCGGACAUCUAAAAAUGAGAGCCGCUACCGGCCGCACAUGGCAUUACGCCCGAGAGCGGUAAACGAUACACCUCGUUCUCCGAGACGCUAAUCGCGUCGCCCAAAAGCCGUUGCCAUGAACAACGCACCUAUUGUAUUCCGCUUAUUUUUUGGAAAUGUAAAUAGAAGAUACCACGUGUCGUAUCAGCAGCCUUCGAGCGAAAGGCUCAGGUCUGCUCCACUUUGUAUUUUGUAUCAGCGAAGGGCUCAGGCCCAGCUGAGAGAGCACGUCGUCCUGGCCCCGUAAGCCUAGAGUGAAACGCUCAGGUAUGGCCGACGAUGUCCCCAGGACGAGGGGCCCGCAAACGGCCCACGUCUUGAAACGGGAAGCUCACCGCGCCGUCCACGCGCCAGAUCGCAAGACGACAGGCCUGAAAUCAUGGCCAAGGUGACAAAAUCCCAAAACUCAGGGAUGGGCAACGGCAGCCAUUGGAAACCAACCAAAAGUCUAGCCCGCGUCAUAAAUAGGCGACGGGACCCCCCCCCCCCCCGAGAUCACGGACGUUAUAAACGAAGUCCGAACCGGCCGAAGGACGAGCACACCCUUCGGCCGAAGCCUGAAAGAAGGAUACUCCCCGAAAUAGGGAACGGAAACGGAAAUAAAAAAAAAGGAAAAAGAAAAAAUAAAAGAGGGAAGCCGAGGACCGCACGCACUUGCCGUCCUCGAGCAACAAAAAAUGAAAUCCCCGCAACAAUACUAAGUAAAUAUCAGGCAAAUAUUACACAUUAUGGACGAAGUAAGACCAUACAUGCGGAUUAGACGAGCGCCCAGCGUCGUCCCUCAUCUUAGACGAACGCCCUGCGCCGUCCUUCAUUCUUAGACGAGCGCCCAGCGCCGUCCCUCAGUUUUUAGACGAGCGCCCAGCGCCGUCCCUUAUCUUAGACGAGCGCCCAGCGCCGUCCCUCAUUUUCAGACGAGCGCCCAGCGCCGUCCCUCAUCUCAGACGAGCGCCCAGCGCCGUCCAUCAUUUUCAGACGAGCGCCCAGCGCCGUCCCUGAUUUUCAGACGAGCGCCCAGCGCCGUCCAUCAUCUCAGACGAGCGCCCAGCGCCGUUUCUCAUUAUAAGACCGGCUCCUCAUCGCCGUUGUCCUCACAUCACGACCGACCCCCUCGGCCUCGGCGUGAUUAUCUAUCUCAAGACCGGCUUCCUCAGCGCCGCGAGUCUUGAGCCAGCGAUCGGGCUCGCCAUCCCUUCUCGGAUGGAGACCAUCGCCUCUAUAUGACGAUCGGCUUCACCAUUGCCUCGUCAUCAUUAUUUGGACCGACUCCUCAUCGUCGUCGUCCUCAUAUCACGACCGACCCCCUCGGCCUCGGCGUGAUUAUCUAUCUCAAGACCGGCUUCCUCAGCGCCGCGAGUCUUGAGCUAGCGAUCGGGCUCGCCAUCCCUUCCCGGAUGGUGACCAUCGCCUUUAUAUGACGAUCAUCUUCAUCAGCGCCUCGUCAUCAUAUUAUAGGACCGGCUCCUCAUCGCCGUCAUGCUCACAUCGCGGCAGACCCCUCGGUCUCAACGCGAUCUUGAGCUAGCGAUCGGGCUCGCCAUCCCUUCCCGGAUGGUGACCAUCGCCUUUAUAUGACGAUCGGCUUCAUCAGCGCCUCGUCAUCAUUAUUCGGACCGACUCCUCAUCGUCGUCGUCCUCAUAUCACGACCAGCCCCCUCGGCAUCGGCGUGAUUAUUUAUCUCAAGACCGGCUUCCUCAGCGCCGUGAAUCUUGAGCUAGCGAUCGGGCUCGCCAUCCCUUCCCGGAUGGUGACCAUCGCCUUUAUAUGACGAUCGGCUUCAUCAGCGCCUCGUCAUCAUAUUAUAGGACCGGCUCCUCAUCGCCGUUGUCCUCACAUCACGACCGGCCCCUCGGCCUCGGCGUGUUAUCUAUCUCAAGACCGGCUUCCUCAGCGCCGCGAGUCUUGAGCUAGCGAUCGGGCUCGCCAUCCCUUCCCGGAUGGUGACCAUCGCCUUUAUAUGACGAUCGGCUUCAUCAGCGCCUCGUCAUCAUUAUUCGGACCGACUCCUCAUCGUCGUCGUCCUCAUAUCACGACCGGCCCCCUCGGCCUCGGCGUGAUUAUUUAUCUCAAGACCGGAUUCCUCAGCGCCGCGAGUCUUGAGCUAGUGAUCGGGCUCGCCAUCCCUUCCCGGAUGGUGACCAUCGCCUUUAUAUGACGAUCGGCUUCAUCAGCGCCUCGUCAUCAUAUUAUAGGAUCGACUCCUCAUCGUCGUCGUCCUCACAUCACGACCGACCCCCUCGGCCUCGGCGUGAUUAUCUAUCUCAAGACCGGCUUCCUCAGCGCCGUGAGUCUUGAGCUAGCGAUCGGGCUCGCCAUCCCUUCCCGGAUGGUGACCAUCGCCUUUAUAUGACGAUCGGCUUCAUCAGCGCCUCGUCAUCAAAUUAUAGGAUCGGCUCCUCAUCGACGUUGUCCUCACAUCACGACCGGCCCCUCGGCCUCGGCGUGAUUAUUUAUCUCAAGACCGGCUUCCUCAGCGCCGCGAGUCUUGAACCAGCGAUCGGGCUCGCCAUCCCUUCCCGGAUGGUGACCAUCGCCUCUAUAUGACGAUCGGCUUCACCAUCGCCUCGUCAUCAUUAUUUGGACCGACUCCUCAUCGUCGUCGUCCUCAUAUCACGAUCGACCCCCUCGGCCUCGACGUGAUUAUUUAUCUCGAGACCGGUCUUAGUCAUUCCUUUACCGAAUGACGACCGUUGCAUGGAUUUUUGGACCGGCCCCUCAUCGCCGUCGUCCUCACAUCAUGCCCGGUCCCUCGGCCUCGGCGUGAUUAUCUAUCUCAAGACCGGCUUCCUCAGCGCCGAGAGUCUUGAGCUGGUGAUCGGGCUCACCAUCCCUUCCUGGAUGGUGACCGUCGCCUCUAUAUGACGAUUGGCCCAUCACGGCCUCGUCAUCAUUUAUUGGAACGGCUCAUCAUCGCCGCCAUGCUCACAUCGCGGAAGACCCCUCGGUCUCAACGCGAUCUUGAGCUAGCGACUGGGCUCACCAUCCCUUCCUGGAUGGUGACCGUCGCCUCUAUAUGACGAUCGGCUUCACCAUCGCCUCGUCAUCAUUGUUUGGACCAACUCCUCAUCGUUGUCGUCCUCAUAUCACGACCGGCCCCUCGGCCUCGGCGUGAUUAUCUAUCUCAAGACCGGCUUCCUCAGCGCCGCGAGUCUUGAGCUAGCGAUCGGGCUCGCCAUCCCUUCCCGGAUGGUGACCAUCGCCUUUAUAUGACGAUCGGCUUCACCAUCGCAUCAUCAUCAUUGUUUGGACCGACUCCUCAUCGUCGUCGUCCUCAUAUUCAGACAGGCGUCCACCGCCUUGUCCCCCUAUUCAGAUAUAGUGAACAUCUUGCGGUCUCCGGCCGAAAGGCUAAAGGAGCCCAGAGUUCUGCCAUAUAUCGCUCCGUCAUCUUUAUUUGAUGACGCGAAGCUCAUUUGCAGGCUCAUCGGCCAUAUAUCGCUCUGUCAUCUUUAUUUGAUGAUGAAGAGCUCAUUUGUAGGCCCAUCGGCCAUAUAUCCCUUUGUCAUCUUUAUUUGAUGAUGAAGAGCUCAUUUGUAGGCCCAUCGGCCAUAUAUCGCUCCGUCAUCUUUAUUUAAUGACGAAGAGCUCAUCUACAGGACCAUCGGCCAUAUAUCGUUCUGUCAUCUUUAUUUGAUGACGAGGAACUCAUUUGUAGGCCUCUGAGCCACAUCUUGCUCCGUCAUCUUUAUUUGAUGACGCGAAGCUCAGUUGCAGAACCAUCGGGCAUAUAUCGCCUCGUCAUCUUUAUUUGAUGACGCGAAGCUCAUUUACAGGCCCAUCGGCCAUAUCUCACUCCGACAUCUUUAUUUGAUGAUGUGGGGCUCUCAUGUAGGCCUCUCGGCCAUACGUCGCCCCGUCAUCUUUAUUUGAUGACGUGGAGCUCUCAUAUAGGCCUCUGAGCCAUACAUUACCCCGUAUUCUUUAUUUGAUGAUGUGGGGCUCUCAUGUAGGCCUCUCGUCCAUACGUCGCCCCGUCAUCUUUAUUUGAUGACGUGGAGCUCUCAUAUAGGCCUCUCUCGGCCAUACAUCACCCCGUCGUCUUUAUUUGACGACGUGGAGCUCUUAUGCAGGCCCCUCGGCCGCACCAUCGCCCCGUCGUCUUUAUUUGACGACGUGGAGCUCUUAUGCAGGCCCCUCGGCCGCACCAUCGCCCCGUCGUCUUUAUUUGAUGACGUGGAGCUCUUAUGCAGGCCCCUCGGCCGCACCAUCGCCCCAUCAUCUUUAUUUGACGACGUGGAGCUCUUAUGCAGGCCCCUCGGCCGCACCAUCGUCCCGUCGUCUUUAUUUGACGACGUGGAGCUCUUAUGCAGGCCCCUCGGCCGCACCAUCGCCCCGUCGUCUUUAUUUGACGACGUGGAGCUCUUAUGCAGGCCCCUUGUAAUACCCGAGAUUAAUUUAAGAGGAUUAAUAGUACUACUCAUACCAACAAGGUGCAUCUCCUUUUAAGGGAGCUCAUCACCCAAGAACUCCAAAGUUAAGCGUGCUUGCACGGGAGUAGUCUUGGGAUGGGUGACCCCCUGGGAAGUUUCUCAGGGCGCGCACGAGUGAGGACAAAGUGCUCGGAAAAAGGCUAGUGGCGGUUUGUGAGGACAGUACUAGAGGUCAGAAGUAACUACCUCGGGGCCUACGGGGCCGGGGUGUUACAAAUGGUAUCAGAGCAACCCUCCGACAGUGUGCUGAUCCGUUAGAUAUCGGGCGGGCACUUAGCAGGGGAAAAGAUUCUGGGAUAUGAUUGAUAUUGGUUUAUGGGCGCAACGAGGACGUUGCGACCCUAAGUGGGGGUGAUUGUAAUACCCGAGAUUAAUUUAAGAGGAUUAAUAGUACUAUUCAUACCAACAAGGUGCAUCUCCUUUUAAGGGAGCUCAUCACCCAAGAACUCCAAAGUUAAGCGUGCUUGCACGGGAGUAGUCUUGGGAUGGGUGACCCCCUGGAAAGUUUCUCAGGGCGCGCACGAGUGAGGACAAAGUGCUCGGAAAAAGGCUAGUGGCGGUUUGUGAGGACAGUACUAGAGGUCAGAAGUAACUACCUCGGGGCCUACGGGGCCGGGGUGUUACACCCCUCGGCUGCACCAUCGCCCCGACGUCUUUAUUUGAAAACGUGGAGCUCUCGUACAGGCCUCUCGGCCCAUCGGCCUUACGUUCUGGUCAUCUUUAUUUGAUGAACCAGACAUCAUAUUGUGGACGGUCGCUCGACCCAUCCCUUAGUCAUCUUUAUUUGAUGACUAGGACUACUGAUCAUGAUGAGCUACCCACAUCUAGAGAUCGGCCUCGACCAUCCAGCAGACGGGCACCGCUGCAGCUCCAUCUCCAGGCCGAAGGGCUCGCACCUUUUGUUUCAUUUUGGGGGCAUCCGGUGUACUCUUUUUCCCUCAUUAGGAUUUUUUCCCACAGGGUUUUUCCUAAUGAGGUUUUUAACGAGGCAUCUCCCCAUCGUGGAUCAAAAGGUGUCAACUCUCGGCCCCCUGUUGAAGACAUCAUCCGACACGCAUUACUCUACUCCUCUUCACCUCAUUACACUCGCCUCAAGGAGUGGGGGACUGGAAGAGCGGGGGACUUAGCGCCUCCGUUAACCAAAGAAGCAGAAAUUCAAAUUUUUGUUCACGAAGUUUACUCACCAGACGACGACAGAUCAGCACACAGUUCUACUCUCUUUCGCCUCGAAUACUCUCGACUCAGAGAGUGGGGGACUCCUGAUAGAGUAUAUAGACUCGGACCCCCGGGUCUCACGACUAUUGGGCCCGGACAGCGGCCCACACACAUCUUACGGAUAUCAUUUGUAUUAUUGUACUGCUUAUAUGUCAUUUGUAUGUAACUAUGUACUAGAUUAGUCUUUUAUGUAGUUGGGCUACCGGGCCCAUAUUAGCGGUCCGACCCAUUAUUUCCCUAUUUAUACUCCUCUUGGAGCCACUUGUAAACCUAGAACAUAAUUACUUAUUCACACUCUACUAUUCAUUCAUCUUCU